GUCUGGUCAUGUUGGUAAUGAAGGAAUUCGUUCGGUUGGUAGUAGAAGUUACUUUUUGAUAAGGCGUGUAUUUUUGUCAUAAAACUGGUUUUAUUUAAUAAUUUUAAACAAAAGACUUUUGUAAUAAGGCUAUUUACGUGAAAUAUUUAUUCGUUAUUUAUAUACAAACGUCCUCAAGUUCCAUUUUAACAGUUGGAUCGCUCCGAAUAGUUUAAGAAGUUUAUUGAUCCUUUUAAGAUUAGAUGUUCCUGUUAUGGUGAAUAGGCAAUAUCAAGCGCUGUGAUGUCCUAUCCAACGAGACCUACAUUAGGCAUUCCCAUGCCUGGGAUGGCAUACAUGUCCAUGACCGCGCCGCCUCCGUUAAUGCCGGCGGUCAUGCCGGUUCCACAUAUGCUGCCCGUUCAAGUAACUUCCACGCCCCAACAAAUUCGAGCGUUCCCGAAACUUAACGCGACUCGCGAGCAAAUUAAGCAGUUGGCAGGUCCCGCGGUUACAGUUUUUGUCGGAAACAUAACGGAAAGGGCUCCCGACACGAUGGUAAGACUGAUUUUGGGAGCGUGCGGACACGUGAUCAGCUGGAAGCGCGUGAAGGCGUUCGGUUUCUGCGAACUAGCCGGUCCCGACGCGGGAUUAAGGACCGUUCGCCUCUUACAUGAUAUGCCCGUCGGUGAUAGGCGACUUGUCGCGAAAGUCGACGCAAAAACAAAAACGAUUCUUGACGAAUACAAAGAGAGGCGGAAAAGGCAGAGGGCCGAGCAGCGAGGCUCGUCGCCCUUGCAGGACGAACCUCAGGACGAAGACCACCUGGACGAGGAAACGCUGGCGCUCGAUGCGGUCGCCGUCGAGAGAAUCAAGCAGAUACUCAUCGAGCACGAGGACGAAAUGAGAAACUUUGAAAUGAAAAAAGAAGAGGAAGUGUUGCAAAAAACAAACAAAGUGCUCGACGAAGCCGACGUCGAGGAGGAAAAGAGGGACCUAAUCACCCGAGAGAUCGGUAAAUUCCGGGAGAUAAUGAAGAAACAAGAAGAAGAGAAGGAGGUGACGCGACGCAAGGAGAAGGAGAGAGGGACCGAACCUAGAGAGUCGUCGCACUCGCCGAGUCCGAAAAGGAAAGAGAAGGAGGAGAAGAAGCGGCGACGAUCGAGGUCACGGUCAGUUAAGAAGGAGGAUAGCGCAAAGGUUCAACACGUACAUUUCAGAUCAAGAGAUGAGCGCAGCAAAGAGCGGGAGCGCGAGAGGGAGAAAGAGCGCGAACGCGAAAGGGAGCGUGAGCGCGAAAGGGAACGCGAGAGAGAGCUUAGAGAUCGCGAGCGUGAGCGCGAGAGAGAUAGAGACAGGGGGGAACGCGAGAGGGAUAGGGAUCGAGAUCGAGAUCGUGAGGAUCGAGAUAAAAGUAAAAGCUCCAAAGAGUUGCUAAAGGAAAAAGAAAUCGAGGAGGAGUUGAAGGAGAAGAAGAAAUGCGAGAGAAGGGCGAGAGAGAAGGAGGCCGCCUACCAAGAGCGCUUGCGCGCGUGGGAGACGCGCGAGCGUCGAAAAGCAAAAGAGUACGAAAAGGAAAGAGAAAAGGAACGGCUCAAAGAGGAAGAACGCGAAAGGGACGCAAAGAGGCUCAAGGAGUUCUUGGAGGACUACGACGACGAACGUGACGACGUCAAAUUUUACAAAGGGGGUCAGCUGCAAAAGAGGUUAAGCGAAAGGGUCAAAGAAUCCGAGGCGGACAAUCGCGAUAGACUGAAGGAGAAGGAGGAAAUGGAAGAGCUCAAAAACAAGAUUUUCGCGAGCGGCCUCGAAGAUCCGAGCGCCGAAUUCGAGCGAGCGAAGAAGGAACGUGAAGAUCAGUAUAAACCAAAGUUACUAAUAGAUGUAAAUCUAGAUCAGUGGCGGCAGCGUGAACGGGAGAGGGAGCGGGAAAUUGAGCGACAGCGGGCGCGGGAGCGUGACCGCGAUCGCGAAGUCGAACGGGAAUUAAAUCGACAACGAAUGAAAGAAGAGAGAGAAAGUGCGAAUUUUAGGUACGUUGUCCAGCAAGCCGCUCAGGAGCUGGCGGCCGUACAAGCCGAGCCGAUCGAUAGCGAUAGUGACGUAGACGACCACCGUAGCCCGCCCCCACCUGUAGAUACCAGCUCGGAAAGUCGCGGCGAAUCAUGGACACAAGUGCAAGUCGGAGACGAGGACUCCCGGCAGUCGGUUCCUAUGGUGACAGAAGACGCCGCCCCUCCUCCGACCGGCAUCGGAAUCAAACUCACAUUAUCGAAACCGGCCGGUUUACACAGUCCGCCGCGCAACGAUAGCAAACGAAAAAAGGCCGACCUACGCGAGGUGUUCAAUCCGGACGAGGAUGAUUCGAGUACGUUGGUUAAGAAACGCAAACUGGUCCCGUUGGAUUACAGCGAGGACAAGAAGAAUAAGAAGGACAAGGAGAACGGCGACAAAAACUCCGAAGACACAAUUAAAUCUCAGGAGGAGAAACGAAGGCACAUCAAGUUGCUAAUAGAAAAGAUACCUACGGAAAAGAGCGCGCUCUUCGCGUAUCAAUUGGAUUGGUCGGUCAUCGAUAAUUCGUUGAUGGAGAAGAAAAUUCGACCGUGGAUUAACAAAAAAAUCAUAGAGUAUAUAGGCGAACCGGAACCGACAUUGGUCGAUUUCAUUUGUUCAAAGGUACUCGCUGGAUCUCAACCACAGGUCAUAUUAGAAGAUGUACAAAUGGUAUUAGAUGAAGAAGCCGAAGUAUUUGUCGUGAAAAUGUGGAGGUUGUUAAUUUAUGAAGUAGAAGCUAAAAAAUUAGGUUUGGUUAAGUAGUAACUUGAGUCUAUCUACAUGUCGUCCUCUUUUAUAAAUAAUUGUAAAAUUACAGAAUAAAAGAAUUUCAAAAUAU